AUGAAGUUCAUUCUUGCUGCCUCAUCCCUUGCGCUCGCCACUGGCGCUGCUGCCCGUACCUUCAUCGUGAAGAACAACUGUGCGUACACCGUAUGGCCUGCUAUUUAUACGAUGCCCGGUGGUGCCAACCCUCCCACCAGUCAGCCGAAUGGAUGGGAAGCUGAUGCUGGCACGUCAGUCACCUUCGACGUCCCUGAUAACUGGUCUUCCGGAAGAAUCUGGGGUCGUAACGGAUGUGACGCCAGCGGAAACUGUGUCACUGGUGGUUGCACUGGAGGUAUUGUCUGCACUGGAAUUGGUGCUGCUCCUCAAACUCUCGCCGAGUUCACUUUGACCGCCUACUCCAACCUCGACUUUUAUGAUAUCUCUGUUGUGGAUGGAUUCAACAUUCCCAUGAGCAUCACCACUGACCAGAGCAGCUGCACUGAAGCCAGCUGCCCUGUUGACUUGAACGCCAUUUGCCCGGCGGAGCUCAAAGGUCCUACUGCCGCUGACGGCACCGUCGAUGGUUGCAACAGUGCUUGCCUUGCCAACUUGGAUGGAACCCCCAACAACUCCAACAACUGCUGCAGCGGUUCGUUCAACACUGCUGCCACCUGCCCGGUAUCUGGUGUCCAGGACUAUUCGUUCUUCAAAAACAACUGCCCCAACUCUUACUGCUACCCCUUCGAUGAGUCUAGCAACACUGCUGUUUGGGCCUGCUCUGGAACUUUGAACCCCACAUACACGAUCACCUUCUGCCCUGCCAGUUAA